AUGCGCACACCGCACACGCUGCUCCGACCCCAAGUGCUCCUCCUCUUCCUCCUCCUCCUCCUCCCCGCCGCGCUGCUCGUCCUAGCAGACCAACAUGCCUCGCUGCAAGAACCACCUUUCGCACCUGCGGUACCAGACGCCGGGGACCGUCGCGCAGCGCAGCAGCAGCAGCAGCAGCAGCCGCUCCAGCCUCAGCCCGACGAAACGAGCCCGUCGUCGUGGAAGCGUGGCGACCCCCCCGCCCCGGGGUACACGCCCGUGGCCACGCCCCCUCCCGGCCAGGACGCCGCUCUCGCUAGCCUGGGCUACAAGCAGGAGACGUACUACACGUGCAAUAGCGUCGGGGGCCGCGAGCACUGCGGCUGGCAUGUGCCGAUUGUGAAGGCGCAGGGCGUGAGGAGGGAUUCCGGCACGGUGGUCGCGGUGGUGGCCUGUCUGGCCGGCGUGUUUGCGCUGGGGCUGAUGUGA